ACUAGAUUACCUUGAGAACAUGAAAUAAUGCUACAGCGCCAUCUGCUGUUCUUCAGAGUGAGCGCUGGUGUUGUUGCGCAUGCGCAGUGGUGCGUCAUGUGACGAGGCGGGUGUGGAGGAAUUCAGGAACUCUGAGGAAACUUCGCUUUAAGUCAGAAACUGAAGAAUUUGGUUUAUUAUUAUUCAUUUAAACACGUUUGAGAAACAGAAGACCGUGGAGCACCAUGAGUAAACAACCCCAGAGUGUAGAGCUAAGCGCUGCUGGCAAAUCAGCCAAAAUCGACACCAGCAAGAUGGAGGACAUGUCUGUGGAAGAAAUCACAAUGAGAGCCAACCAGGUGACCGAUGAGGUAUGAUACAUUUUCUUCUUUUACCUUUAAAAAAAAUGUUUAGAACUAAUCUUUUGUGCCAGCUUGUGGUAAUGUUUGGAAAUCGUUUUCUUUGUUGUACUCGUUUCUUUUCUUCUAGGUUCCUUUCUUUCCUGCACUGUCUCUCUCAACUAACUUUCCUUCAUUCUCCGCAUUUACAGUAAUUGUAAGCUGCUUUUCCACUGCAGGGCCGAAUGGUUCAGAGUAGGGCCACCAUUCGGGUGUUUUCCCACAGGGACCCUAAUGUUGCAAUGUUGAUGUUGAUGUUGACCGGUAGUAAUGCAGAAGGUGGUGCCUGUAGUGAUGCAGGAAAAGUCUGGCAGUGAUGUGGGACGGGGCCGGUAGUGAUAUGGGACAGGGCCGGUGUUGAUGCAGGACUAGACCGGUGGUACUGCAGGACGAGGCUGGUAGUGAGGUAGUGAUGCGGGACGGGGCCAGUGGUGAUGCGGGACGGGGCCAGUGGUGAUGCGGGAUGAGGCCAGUGUGGAUGCAGGACGGGGCCGGUGGGGAUGCAGGACGAGGCUGGUAGUGAGGUAGUGAUGCGGGACGGGGCUUGUGGUAAUGCGGGAUGCGACCGGUGGUGAUGUGGGACGGGGCCGAUGGUAAUGCAUGACGAGGCUGGUAGUGGGGUAGUGAUGCGGGCAGGGCCGGUGGUGAUGCAGGACCAGGCUGGUAGUGAGGUAGUGAUGCGGGCAGGGCCGGUGGUGAUGCAGGACCAGGCUGGUAGUGAGGUAGUGAUGCGGGCAGGGCCGGUGGUGAUGCAGGACCAGGCUGGUAGUGAGGUAGUGAUGCGGGCAGGGCCGGUGGUGAUGCAGGACCAGGCUGGUAGUGAGGUAGUGAUGCGGGCAGGGCCAGUGGUGAUGCAGGACCAGGCUGGUAGUGAGGUAGUGAUGCGGGCAGGUCCGGUGGUGAUGCAGGACGAGGCUAGUAGUGAGGUAGUGAUGCGGGCAGGGCCGGUGGUGAUGCAGGAACAGGCUAGUAGUGAGGUAGUGAUGCGGGCAGGGCCGGUGGUGAUGCAGGACGAGGCUAGUAGUGAGGUAGUGAUGCGGGCAGGGCCGGUGGUGAUGCAGGAACAGGCUAGUAGUGAGGUAGUGAUGCGGGCAGGUCCGGUGGUGAUGCAGGACGAGGCUAGUAGUGAGGUAGUGAUGCGGGCAGGGCCGGUGGUGAUGCAGGAACAGGCUGGUAGUGAGGUAGUGAUGCGGGCAGGGCCGGUGGUGAUGCAGGACCAGGCUGGUAGUGAGGUAGUGAUGCGGGCAGGGCCGGUGGUGAUGCAGGAACAGGCUGGUAGUGAGGUAGUGAUGCGGGCAGGGCCGGUGGUGAUGCAGGACGAGGCUAGUAGUGAGGUAGUGAUGCGGGCAGGGCCGGUGGUGAUGCAGGACGAGGCUAGUAGUGAGGUAGUGAUGCGGGCAGGGCCGGUGGUGAUGCAGGACAAGGCUGGUAGUGGGGUAGUGAUGCGGGCAGGGCCGGUGGUGAUGCAGGACGAGGCUGGUAGUGGGGUAGUGAUGCGGGACGGGGCCGGUGGUAAUGCGGGAUGAGGCCGGUGGUGAUGUGGGACGGGGCCGGUGUUCAUGCGGGACUAGACCGGUGGUAAUGCAGGACGAGGCUGGUAGUGAUGCGGGACAGCGCUGGUGGCGAUGCAGGAUUAGGAUGGAAUCAGAAACUGCACCAUGGCUAAUGGGUUCUCACUGGCCUAAGUAACCGAUUGGCUCUGUAGUGAAAAAGCAGCUGUAGUAACUGCAGUAGCGAAUGUGUGAUUCUGUAGUCAUCAGCACUAAUGACUGAUGCUUUUACAGUCCCAGUUCCAAAAAAACAGUUGGCACGCUGUGUAAAAAUGUAAUUAAAUAUACAUAAAAAAAAUGUAUGCAAAUGCAUUGCAAAUGUCAUAUCCCUACAUUUUAUUCACAAUAGAACAUAUAUCAGAUAUUGAAAGCAGGGCUGCAUUAAAACAAACAUUUAUCAAAACAAAAAAAAAUUGGCUGCAUACCAAAUGCAUUCUUUUAGCAGGUUUUUAUUUGUCAUUUUUUCAACACUGCAUACAUUAUAUAGCCUAGAUGUUUUUUGUCUUGAUCACAGAACAUUUUAUUAUGCUAGCAAACAGGAUAUGUUUUGUUU